AUGUCGCUGGACGUCACCCAGGAAAGACUGGAACCCAAUACCCAGAGCAUUGCCCCUGGACGCAACGAGCUUUCUGCCUGCCACCGAUUCUGCUCGACACCAGAACUAAUCUUCUUGUGCUUUGAGCUAGCGCCACUUCAAACAGUGGUCAAUUAUCAACGAGUCUGUAAAUCGUGGUACAGCAUUGUCAGCAGCUCCGACAUUCUACAGCAUCGACUUAACCACAACGAGUACGGCUUAGCCCUCAACGGAAGACAACAGCUCGUACUGCAGCAUCAGAUUGACACUCUGAUUCUCCGCUGUCGAGAGGACCCCUGCAUCGGCUACCUAGUCAACGAUCACUCGGACGAUGAUGUGCCAGACCGUCACUGGCAGAUCCGACAUACUGCUCUGGGCCGUCAAAUAGGGUCAUACUGGAUUGAUGAAUGCAGCCAGGCUUCUCGACAGCGCCGAGUUCGAUACGAGCUCCCCCCAGUCUGCUUCGCCAACUUCCAUCCGCCAGACGCAGCCAUCCUUGUCUACUCAGUCUCUGAUUACGAGAGCUUUGAGGAGAUUCGACAGUUUUACUACACUUACUACGGUUAUGUCAAGGAUUCCAACAAGAGAAUGAACCGCACGAUGCCGUUCUUAAUAGUCGUGGCUAACAAGACUGAUUUGCCUGAGCAUGAGUGGCAAGUACCCGCGGAAGUCGGCAGGCACUUCAACGAUAGUAUUGAUGCGCCCUUCCUCCAAGUCUCCACCAAGACUGGUGAAGGUAUCCCUCAAGAUGCCAGCGAUGUGGUGGUGAAGAGGAUCUUGUAUGAGCAUUGGAUGACACGAGUACGUCUUACGCUUCAUGGAUGGUCUCGGAACCGAGCGAGAUCAUCGUGGGCUGGUGCAGUUCUGCAAAGCUUGAUAUCCUUCUUUCAAGUUCGGCUGUUAGGGUGA